AUGCUUUGUGAGAUUGGGCAAGGAGAUUUGAAUAUGGAAAUGGAGUUUGAAUCUCAAUCAGAAGGUUAUGGAGUAAGUGGAAGUAAGGUUGGAAGUGUAAGUGCGGGUGGAAGUGGGAGUGUACCACAUUCAAAUGCUCCACCUCUAGGCCAAGAGGAUCACUUGAUAGGUUUGUAUCAUCAGAGUCUCGCCAAGCAACAUUGA